AUGGAUGCAAAAACAAGUAAUGGUGGUUCAACAACUACAACAACGACAACAAGUAAUGGAAGUUCGGAUGUAAGAAUCGACAGUAAGACAUUCAACCAGAGAUUACGUAGUCUCUAUCAAUCAUGGGAGAACGCAGAGAACGAUGCACUCUGGAAGUCAGCUGAUUGCUUGGUAUUAGCAUUGGGUGCACCAAACGAUCAAAACCCAUAUCAAAAAGUUACAAUGAUGCAAUCGUGGCUCUUUGGAUACGAACUUAGAGAGACUCUUAUCGUUUUCUUGAAAAAGUCAAUACAUAUAGUUGCAAGUCAAAAGAAAAUUUCAAUUUUUGAAGCAAUUGAUAAACCAGAAGAAGGUGAACAGAAACCAUUCCACUUUCACACAAUCGAUAAAUCUGAUAAUAACAAAGCAAAUUUUGAAUCAGUUAUUGCAGAGAUGAAGAAAUCAAAGACAGGUAAACAUAUGGGUGUUAUCGGAAAGGAAAAGUAUUUGGGUGAUUUUGGAAAGUCAUGGGAAGAGGCAAUCGAAUCUUCAGGAAUGGAAAAAGUUGAUAUUACACAAGGUUUAUCUUCUUUAUUAGCUAUUAAAGAUACUCAAGAAUUGGUAUUAAUGUGUCGUAUUAAUUAUUUGUUACCAUCUGCUGUACAGAAAAAUAUAACAUACUCUGCAAAGAUUUCAGAUAAAGUAUUGAUGUCAUUCUUGUUACCAAGAAUCGAAAAGAUUAUCGAUAAGGAAGAGAAAGAGUCACAUUCACAGUUGACAGAGUUUACUUUGGACGUUUUCAAUGCACCAGAGAAGAUCAGUACUCGUUUGACAAAGGACACUGUCGACUAUGCCUAUAUGCCAAUCAUUCAGAGUGGUGGUGUCUACGACUUGAAGUUCAAUGCCACUAGCAACGAAGAUAAUCUACACUUUGGUACCAUUGUAGUAUCACUUGGUGCUCGUUACAAAACCUAUUGUUCCAACAUUGCCAGAACCUACAUUAUCGAUCCCGUAGACGAGCAACAAAAGAACUAUCAGCUACUACUCAACGUACAGAAUCAGAUCAUCAAGCAACUCAAACCUGGCGUCAAAUUCAGUCAAAUCUACGAAAAAGCAACACAAGUGAUUGAAGCUGAGAAACCAGAGUUAUUAAAAUACUUUUUAAAGAGUUGUGGUUAUGGUAUUGGAUUGGAAUUCCAAGAAUCAUAUGCAAAUAUUAGUGCAUCGAAUCAAAAGUUAAUUAAAGGUGGAAUGGUAUUGAAUGUGGUUGUUGGAUUCCAAAAUAUUGAAGCAAAGAAAUUUAAAGAUGAUAAAUCAAAACUUUAUUCAUUGAUGAUUGGUGAUACAGUAUCAAUUGAUGAUGAAGGAAAAGUAAAUGUAUUGACAUCAGAGUGUGGAAAGAAACCAAACGAUGUAUUUUACUUUAUUUCUGAAGAUGGUGAUACCAUGGAUGAUUCGACAAGUGCAAAACAUGAUCCAUCUUUGGUAUUGGAAAUGACCGACGACCUAAAGGCAAUCACCGGUAAAAAGAGAGAUUCAAAGAGAACUGCAGAGGAAAAGAGAAAAGAUCAUCAAAAUAUGUUGGCACAAAGAAAUCUUGAAGAAACAGAGGCAAAGAUUAGAGCAAUGGAGAAAAAGACAACUGAGGGAGGAUCUAAACAAGGCACUGAAGACUACUCAAUGUUUAAUAACCCACUGACUUUAUAUAACAAUGGUCCCGCUGGAUAUCCAAGUGAUGUCGUCAAGAACAAGAUCACCAUCGAUAUGAACAAAGAGAGUAUCUUGUUGCCCAUCUAUGGUUACAUCGUUCCCUUCCAUAUUUCCACUAUCAAGAACGUUUCAAAGACCGAAGAGUAUCUUAGAAUCAAUUUCAAUACACCGUCGUCGUUUACACCGGAACAAGCCGAACUCGUGCCAAAGCAGUUGUUGUUCAUUCGUGAAGUCACUUUCCGUGUCCAAGACAUCAGAACUCUCAACAACUACGUGCGUAUCAUCAAGGAGAUGAGAAAGCGUGUUACCACUCGUGAGACGGAAACUCGUGACAAGUCAACACUGAUCGCUCAGGAAAAGUUGAUUCUCACCAGAGGUCGUUUCCCACGUUUGGCCGAUGUCUCGGUGCGUCCAACCAUCUCUGGUCGUCGUUCACUCGGUAAUCUCGAGGCACACGACAACGGUUUGCGUUUCAACCCCACCGGAAAUAAAGACAAGACUCCAAUCGAUAUCCUCUACAAGAAUAUCAAGCACGCUCUGUUCCAGCAGGCCGAACAAGAGUCGAUGGUCAUCAUUCACUUCCAUCUCUACGAUGCACUGAUGAUCGGUAAGAAGAAAUCAAAGGACGUCCAGUUUUACUCUGAGAUUUCCGAGCUUUCACAGUCACUCGAUGUCACCAGUCGCUCGAUGAGCGACGAGCUCGAGGAGGAGAGACGUGAGCGUGAGAUCAAGAAGAAGCUCAACACUGAGUACCAAAACUUUGUCAAGCGUGUCGAAGAGCUUGUCCCAGGCGGUGGAUUCGAAUUCGAUAUUCCCUACAGAGAUCUUGCAUUCUAUGGUGUGCCCAAUGUCAAUACGGUGUUGUUGCAACCGUCGGUACAGUGCUUGGUGUCGCUGUUGGAGACACCGUUCUUUGUGCUGACACUGGAGGAGGUGGAGAUUGCUUGCUUCGAGCGUGUCAGUCGUGCACUUCGUAACUUUGAUUUGGUAUUCGUAUUCAAAGACUACUCGAGACCAACCAUUCGUAUCAGUAUCAUCCCAAGAGAGUAUUUCGAGACCAUCAAGGAAUGGCUGGAUUCCUGCAACAUCAAAUUCUACAUGUCCGAGAGAAAUCUCAACUGGAAGAGAAUUAUGGUUGAGAUCAAAUCGGAUCUCAAGCGUUGGAAGGAAGACGGUGGAUGGUCUUUCCUCGAUCCACAAGGAGAUGGUGGUGGUGGUUCCGGUGGAGAGGAUUCCGACGACGAUGAAGAUUAUGAACCAACUGAAUCCGAUGUUUCAUCUGAUUACUUAUCAUCACAAUCAUCAAUGUCAUCCGAUUACUCUGAAGAAGAGAGUGAAGAUUCCGGUGAGGAUUGGGAUACUUUAGAUUCAAAGGCAGCUGCAGCAGAUAGACGUUCCAAUAUCGAUGAAUCACAAAUCAAUAAUCUCAAUCAAAAUCAAAAGAGAAAGAGAGAUCCACCUCCACCUGCAAAGAAACCUACUACUAAAGGUGCACCAAUACCAAAGAAGAAAUAA